CGGCAGACAUCGUGGCCGUCGCUCUGAAUCAUCGACGACCUCAUGACUCGACCUCACACCAGAUCGUAACAACCUCCCGUCAAAUGCCCGCAGAUCCAUUCUGCUAUGACGCGCUUCUGAGCGCAUCGACGGCCAAUGUCCUACAUCCUCGGUCCCGGCGCGGCCAAAGGACUCAUUCUUGCAGCUCCAAUUUCUUCCUUAACUUCCUACUUACACUCGUGUGAUCGUCGUUUUCACAGGAUCUUAGGAUGUCCAACGGGAUGCGAACUCCGUCUUACGAGCAUAAGAUGAGCUUUGUCAGGCUAUCCACUGCGAUCCCGCCUCGGAGACACUUGCGAUCCUAUGUUAAAUAUCCCGCGCUGACCCAUCACCGAAGUACAGUUCCAGCCCGGUACUCGCAACUGGAGACCGACAUCUUACAGACGACUGAAACUAACCUAUCGUUAUCAUACACACUCUGCCUCAAUGUCCGCCCCCAUUGCUCUCAUCACAGGCGCAAACCGCACCGACGGCAUAGGCUACGCAGCUGCCCGUCAACUUGCUAUCCAACAUGGUUUCACCGUCGUACUAGGCUCUCGUACUCUCUCUCCAGCUCUUGACGCCGCCGCCAAGCAGCUCGAGAAAGAAGGGGCUAAGAACGGGGUACAUGUUGUUCAGAUCGAUGUAGGUAGUUCGGACAGCGUGAAAAGGGCGGCGAAAGAGGUGUCGGAGAAGUUUGGAAAGCUCGAUGUGCUGGUAAACAACGCCGCGCUGAGUCUCCCUCCCUCUCGCCCUGAGUACACCGACGCUUGGCCACAAAAGAUCCUCGAAUUUACGGAGCAUACUAGAAAAGACUUUGAGGAAGUAUUCGCGGUCAAUGUAUUUGGGGUUGUCGAUACUAUCAAUGCCUUCGCACCUCUCCUCGCCAAGUCUUCCUCCCCACGUAUCGUGAACGUCAGCUCUUCCGUUGGCUCUUUGGACUUUGAAUCCGCUUUACCCGCUGGCCACAUGGGAGGGAGCCUUAUCGCCUAUAACACUUCGAAAGCUGCUCUCAACAUGCUCACCGUCAUGUACAGCAAAGAUUUACCGAAGCUGAACCCCGCAUUCAAGGUCAACUCGGGAUGUCCAGGUUUCACUGAUACGUCGUUCAAUAAACAUAUCGGAAGCCGCACACCCGAUGAAGGCGCCGCAGUCGUUACGUGGCUCGCCACACUUCCUGAAAGCGGGCCCACUGGGGGGUUUUACUGUGAUUAUCCUCCGUAUUCGGAGAAGAACGGAGAAUUCAAGGCCUUGAAGUGGUAAUCGCUGGCAUGGAAAGUGCGUUCUGUUGUUGGUGACAGUCGUUGAAUGGUCGUGCGAAUGGUGCUUUGCUUAGCCCGCGGUGAAUGUCGACAAAACCUCACUAUGUAAAAGUAUCUACAAUGGCAAAUGCAAGGAACACAUUCUGAUAAUU